AUGUAUGCUACACGGGACACAUUAACUUAUAUUCCAAACACAGUACUUGCUUCAAUUGCUAUUUCAAAUCCUAUAAAUUGUUCUAAAUUGAUCCAACGAGAUGAAAAUGGACGCAUUUUUCUUGAUGUAUCACCUAAUUUGUUUAAACAUGCGCUGGAACAACUACGACGAUGGAAAAAUCAAGCUAAUUCGUCGGCUGAUCAGGAAAUUUUAUCGCCUUUAUGGCAUGUUAAAACCGAAUUCGAUGAAAUGUUUAGUUCACUUGGCUUGGACAAUUAUACACAAACUGGUACUGCUAUCGUCCGACAACCACCAACGAUCGGUUGUGGUGGGCAGGAAGCCGGUUGGCUAUUAGGUACUUUUUCAAAAGAACCAUGGACAACAACGCUUAGUUCAUUGUGGUAUACAGAUGAAAUGUAUAUACUUUGUCGAGCUUCGACACCGAUUCGUACUACACACUGUGGUGAAUUCCUAGUAUUUGAAUUACGUCCACCGCCGUUUUAUCCAGCACGUGUUUGUACUGAAGAUUAUGAUCUUAACUAA